AUGAAUAAUGUGGAUAGUAUAGAGCUAACUGCGGGUCAUGAGGCCUCUAAUAAUUUACUUACCACGGAAAUUGGCCAACAGGAUGAUUCAUUCAUCAAUAACCAGGACAUCAUAAAGGACGAGUUCAAAGGGUUUGACAAAUUUACUACUGUCGAUUGCAUAAUCGAUUCCCUAAUGUCAAAUGACUACAAGCUUCAUGAUUUUAAGGCGAAUCGAAACGCUUCUACAUUUAGCAUCGUUAUAGGCAACAUAGUUUCCUCCAGCCGAAGUUGGUUAUGUUUAACAUUAAUCGGUGUUCUUAUUGGAACCAUUGCCGCGGCGUUGACGAUUGUUACUGAAUAUCUCAAUAAUAUCAAGAACGGAUAUUGUUCGACCAAUUUUUACUUGAAUCGGAACUUUUGUUGUUGGGGCGAGGAUUUGGAAUCGUGCGAGCAAUGGGUAAGUUGGACAUCGUUUGAGUUCUUCAAUUACUUGAUGUUUGUGAUUUUAUCGGUGUUGUUGGCAGUCACUGCUGGGAUUUUGGUCAAACGAUACGCUCCAUUUGCUGCUGGUUCAGGAAUUUCGGAGAUCAAAUGUAUUGUUUCGGGAUUUGAAUUGCAAGAUUUCUUGAAUUGGCCAACCCUAUUCAUCAAAGCCAUUGGAUUACCUUUGGCGAUUGCGUCGGGGUUAAGCGUCGGCAAAGAAGGUCCUAGUGUCCAUUAUGCCGUGGCUGCCGGUUAUUGUGUCACCAACACUUUCAAACUUUAUCGAAGUGAUUAUGCUCAUCUUAAGGAAUUUUUGAUUGCUAGCUCGGCUGCGGGGGUGGCGGUAGCUUUCGGAUCACCAAUUGGUGGGGUGCUUUUUUCGGUAGAGGAGAUUGCCAGUAGCUUCAAAUUAUCAACGUUGUGGAAGUCUUAUUUUUGCUCGCUAGUGGCGGUGAGUACCUUGUCAUUCAUCAAUCCUUUUAGAACCGGGCAAUUGGUAAUGUUUGAGGUGGAAUACGAUGAAUCGUGGCAUUUAUUUGAAAUUCCAUUUUUCAUUAUUCUUGGGAUUUUUGGGGGAAUCUAUGGGAUCGUGGUAUCGAAAUAUAAUAUCAAAGUGGUAGCGUUUAGAAAAAAAUAUUUGGGAAACUAUGCCAUUAAAGAAUUAUUUGUCUUGUCCUCGGUCACCGCGUUGUUUUGUUACUUCAACGAAUUUUUGAAAUUGGAUAUGACCGAAUGUAUGGAAAUCUUAUUCCAUGAGUGUGGGGUGGGGUUCGAACAUCGGUUAUGUAACAUUGACGGUCAUAAGCUUAAGAUUUUCUCAUCGUUGCUCUUUGCCACAGGGUUCAGAAUGAUCCUUACUAUUAUUUCUUAUGGGUGUAAAGUGCCUUGCGGGAUUUUUGUGCCUUCAAUGGCGGCAGGGGCCACUUUUGGUAGAGCGGUGGGGAUUGUUGUUGAAAACUUUCGGAAUAGAAACCCUGAUGGUAUCUUAUUCUCCGCUUGUUCAUCGGAUAAACAGUGUAUUACCCCAGGAACUUAUGCGUUUUUGGGUGCUGCGGCCGCGUUAAGUGGGAUCACUGACUUGACGGUUACCGUAGUGGUGAUUAUGUUCGAGUUGACCGGUGCUCUUAGAUAUAUAUUACCAACAAUGAUUGUUGUCGGGGUCACGAAAAUGAUCAAUGAUAAAUGGGGCCAUGGAGCUAUUGCCGAUCAAAUGAUCAAAUUCAAUGGAUUGCCGUUCAUUGAUCCCAAAGAAGAUCACGUAUUCAAUUUGUCGACCUCGCACGCCAUGACCUCAGACGUCUACGUUAUUCCUAGAGAUGGUAUAACAACCACUUUUCAACAACUACAAAAAUUACUAGCCAAGGAAGAGCAUUUCCAAGAUAUUCCUAUCGUCGAGUCUUUGGAAUCUCCGUUUUUGGUUGGGUAUAUUAACAGAAACAAUAUUGAGAAAUUGAUAUCGUCAAUUUUGUUUUCUAGUAAGAUUGAAGCUUCUACAAUCUGUGAUUUUGCCACAGUGACGGAUAAGGUCAGUGAAGAAGGAGGAGAAGAAGAAGAAGAAGAAGGAGGAGGAGGAGGAGGAGGAGGAGGAGGUAUAAUGGUUUCGAAAUUGUAUUUUAACCGUUACAUGAAUCAAGCGCCGAUUACAGUAUCGACUGGUACUCCAUUAGAAGAAACCAUGGAGAUUUUUUUCAGAACCAGUCCGAGAACAAUAUUCGUUGAAGAUAAAGGAUUGUUGAAAGGAAUAAUAACAAAGAAGGAUGUGAUAAAAUUUGAACGAUAUUUGGAAAAAUUAGAAGAACAUGGUUUUGAUUUAAAUGGUAUUAGAAAUGAUCAAGAAUACGCUAACAAUAGUUUGAAGUAUGAUACAGGAUAUCGUGUAUUUAGCAAAUUCAAACAAGUUGAUGAUUUGAUUAUGAAAAAGAUCUUCAAAAAGAACGUUUGA